GCAACGAACAGAAAUCAUAGGCUAGGCGCGGUCUCUGGGAUACCAUGCAAAGAGACGGAGGUAGAGCCUAACACGUGUACCACACGCGCCCGCCCUAGCACAUAAUAUCGGUUCGCCGAACGGAUGAGGGGCCCAUCAUAUCACGCAGCCAUGGCAUGCAUUUCAUCCGAGAGCGUGUACAACUGCCCUUGUCCGCAAUGUAGUCGUCAGGCAGGCGAUAAUUCCUAUCAUAUAUAUCUGUCUUGCUUGCGAUACGAGUCCUCAUCUACGUCCUGGAGACACAUCCCGCCUUAUCCUCUGGCCAUACUCACGCCCACUACGAGACUCGAGCCCCAUAAUCAUGGCCUCAACAACCAGCACGCCCGCCUCCUCUCCGCCGCCAACGCCCGGCGUGCGACCGUCCUCUCCCUCGCCAUCACGAACCGGCCUUCGCGCCCUCAGCAGAAUGGGCACUAUGCUCCGGCGUAACUCGUCAGGUUUCUCUCUAAAGGGCCUUCCUCGCUCGGAGUCGAAGAAUUCGCUACGCAAGGAAGCGUUGGCGCAGGCGUCAGCGGACGAAGGGCAUUCUCUGCCCAGCCCUGUCGCUGAGUCCCCAGUACGCGAGGCCGCUGCUAAUGCCGCAGAAGUUGCAGCAUCACCUCCGGUACACCCAGUGCACCAUCCAUCCCCUCUCGCUCAUGAAGCCAAACCGUCUCCUGAACCUUCACCAGUGACAUCUGCCGCACCAGUAUUGACGCAAGAGCCGGAGUCUGCCGCCGAAGCGCCACCGACUUCAGUCCCAAUUGCUAUAGUGCCAGCAUCGACAGAGGCGGCGCCAGUACCUGCACCACCAAUCCCUCAACCUCAGCCAGCCACCCCUUCCAAGCCGGCCGAAGCGCCUGCAGCACCGGUUGAGAAGGUCACGGUCAUCUCACCAAGGCAGGAGCCCAUCUCUCUCCAGGUCGCCGCUGAGCAGCUGGAGCAGAAGGCGCCCUCCGCCGCUGCGCCCGUCGCCCCCACCGCUCCGUACACAGCCCAGGAACGCCCUGCAGACCACGCGCGGGGCGACGACACAUCCAAGGCUGCCGGUAAGAAGCCAUCCAAGGCGAGCCUUGACGCGCAUGAACCCGUGGCGCCUCCGAGAGCAGAACCUGCACCAGCGCUGGCGUCGGCAUCAGCACCAACACCGGCACCGGCAUCAGCCUCCGCGCAAGUGCCAACACCCGCUCCCGUGCAAGCACCAACACCAGUGCGGGCAGCGACGGCCCCUACUGAGCCAGCCCCGGUACCUCAAGCUCCAGCCGUGCCGGCUGCUGCACCAGUCAUCGAACGCGCACCUACCAAGACUGAAGCACAGACUGCCGAUCCCUUUGCUGCCGCUGUUGCUGAUCGGUUCGCCUGGAAAGAUGGAAGUGCAGUAGUCUCUCCCAAACGAUCUGCACAGAGCAUUCGCCCAGUGCCCUCUCACGAAGCGCUUAUUGCGUCUCCUGAGCACUAUGCGCAACACGUCUCGCGGUCGCCGUCACGGGAAGAGCUACAUGCAUCACCACGCUCCAUCGCGAGAUCCCUCUCGCCAAGGGCCAG